UACCGCGACCUUUUCUGACUUUGUUGUAAAUUGACAAUAAAAAUCAAUGUAGCAAAGGAUCAUUUAUCCUUGCACAAAGUUUUGAAUCAAAUAACUUCCAAUUCAGAUUUGCAGUCACAAAACUGCUUAGGCCAUAACACAAAUGGACGGCAGAAUGGAUAACGAGACUGUGAUUCUGGCGCCCGAGCGAAGAAACUAUAGCAAAGCCCCACAAGAGAAUGUGUCGGCGUUCUGGGACUCUUUCUUCACCAAAAAGCCAGGCAAGGUGACAUCCAUCUUCCCGCGAAGCCUGUACCGGAGCCUGCUGCCCCUGGAGAAACUCAGCCGGUCGAGCUCUAGUCAAAACGCUGCCGAGUCCUACGAGGCAGCCGCCCGCGAGUGCCGCGAGCGCGUCAAGCGCAUUGUGCGCGAGGCCCAUCGCACCAAUGAAAAGUUCACCGAUCCAGACUUUGACCUAGCCACGGACUACUCCCGCAACACCCUCGACGGGCUGCGCAGCAAGAGCGACUUCAACACGGGAUCGGUCCAUCGCGUCGACUGGAUCUUCGAGAACCCUCAGUUCACCAUCAAUGGCUACGAGGCCUCCGACAUUGUUCAAGGCGCCAUCGGCGACUGCUGGUGGCUGGCAGGCACCGCAACCAUAGCGCAUCGUAAGGAUCUCAUGGAGCGCGUGUGCGUUGCUCGGGAUGAAGAAGUAGGCGUUUACGGUUUCGUCUUUCAUCGUGACGGAGAGUGGGAGCCCGUUUUGGUCGACGAUAGCCUUUACCUCCGUGCUUCGGAUUUUCAUGAGGACCACGACCCAACGGGCAAGAAAGUACGCGAGUGGCGUCGCAACAACCAAACUGGAUCCAAUGCACUCUUCUUCUCCAAAUGCCAAGAUCAGAAUGAAACCUGGCUCCCUCUGAUGGAGAAAGCAUAUGCCAAGAUUCAUGGAGACUAUCACGCUAUCGAAGCCGGGUGGGCCGGACAGGCUGUGGAGGACAUGACGGGUGGUGUAACCGCCAAUCUUGCCACUAAUUGUGUCCUGAACAAGGACAAACUCUGGCGUGAACUGUCGAACAAGGAUGGGGAAUUUGUAUUUGCAUUAGCUUCCCGACAGGAGAACAGCGAUGGGUUGUGUGGUAGCCAUGCAUACUCUAUCCUUCAAGCCACAGAGGUGAGCGGCGAGGACGGCCAAAAAGUGAGACUUGUGCAGGUCAGAAACCCAUGGGGCGAUGGCGAGUGGAAUGGCCCAUGGUCAGACGGGUCCAAAGAGUGGACGCCGUACUGGCUGAAGAAACUUGGGCACACUUUUGGUGAUGAUGGCGUCUUUUGGAUAUCCUAUCGUGAUAUGCUUGAGAAGUUUGAAGAUAUUUCUCGAACUCGCCUCUUCGACAAGAGCUGGACCGUGGUCCAGCAGUGGACUACGAUGAACAUUUCUUGGGUCACUGGCUACUCACAGUCCAAGUUCUCGCUCGAGAUAAAACAAGGAGGUUUGGUAGUCAUCACCUUGGCCCAGCUGGAUGAUCGUUAUUUCAGAGGGUUGGAAGGCCAGUACGACUUUUCGCUGCAUUUCGUGCUUCAGGAACAAGGAGCCAAGUCUGGAGACCACAUUUGCCGCGUGCGUGCUGGUAUAUAUAACGGCAACCGAUCAGUUUCUUGCGAAGUGGAGCUCGAGGCUGGUUGCUACGAGGUCAUCCCAAAGAUCACUGCCACUCGUGAUACCAAUAAGGACAUGGUGGAAGACAUUGUCAAGGAGCGAGCUCAGAGCAACCCGCAGAAGCUACGCCAGAUCGGGAUGCAGUAUGAUCUGGCCCACGCAAAGGCUGGUAUUACUGAUGAAGACCUCGUUCUGCACACCAAGGCGGAAAAGAAGAAACUGGAGGAGGAAAGGAGAAAGACCAAAGAGAAGGAGGUGAAGGAAAAGAGAAAGAUCAAAGAGAAAGAAGCGAAGGAAAAGAAGAGGCAGCACAGGUUGUCGCUCAAAAAGCAGAAACCUGAAACGAAGCAAACCGAGCUGCAGACUGAAGCAGCUUCGGGUGCGGGCCACGCUGAGGAGGACCAAAAGCAAGCAGACGCCAAAGACAUCGACAAAGAUCUCAAGGUUGAUGAAGAGAAGACCGACGAAAAGGAUGUUGUCAAAGAGGAGGAUGUUGAGAAGAAGACCGACGCUGACAGUGUCCCAGUGAAGACUGAACCUGAAGCAGACAAGGCAAAGGACGAAUUGAAGCAGCUGAAGUGCAAAGCUUGCGAGGAGCGGGAGCAAAAGGGGGAGAAAGGAGAAGAGAAAGAGAAAGAAGACGACAGUAACGACGACGACGACGACGACGACAGUGAUGACAGUGAUGACAGUGAUGAUGAGGAUUAUACCGAGGACGAUGAUGACACCAGCAGUGAAUCCUCGGAUGAUUUUCAUGAUCACCCUGGACCAUGGAAUGCGGUCUGUGUUGUCGGACUCCGGGUUUACUCGCAGUGUGAAAAUGUGUCUGUCAAGCUUGUAGAGCCCAAAGACCCCGAGGAGGGAGCCUUGCUUUCGGUUGAUUCGGCCCCAGCAGGCGCAACAAUGAAACUAUUUCUGGUAGAAGUCACCACGAGUGAUCACAUCCUGCAUGGCGGCAUCCGAAAGCGAUUGAAACGGUACGGUGAAAUAAAACGGAUCCCCGUCCGCGUUCGCCUGCAACUAGCCGCCAGGUGCCACACCGGGUGCGAAUGGGUCGCGUGCGCCCGAGGUAGCUUUCUUGUUCGACGCGCCGUCACCUCUGUUACAUCCGGUCUAUUCCACACCAAUGAGAUCAGGUGCCAAUUGCUCGACUCCAGACCGAUUACAUCCCCCGCCAGCCCAGAGCGGGCUCGAAACGAGUGGCCUCCCAUGGAGCCAGCCAAGGGGAAAGAUGCCAGUCCGAGCGACGACGCGGCAAAGCCGGACACCGAGGCCCGUCACCCUUUGAAGGCCAGCCGGAGCAGUGGAACGGAAGAGCAGGGCAAGGCGCCGAAGAAACGGCGCAAGGAACGUCCUUGCACCAGAUGUAUCAAGAGAAACAUUGGGCAUCUUUGUCAUGAUGAGCCACGAGAACACGAGAGCAAGAAGGCCAAGAGCGCUCUUGGGACGUCAGCGGAAGAUUCCGAGCACCAGACAGAUAUGACCCAGACCUCACGCGAUGCACAAGCGGCCACUGGCACGAUGACAGCGUACGAUGGUCGGAUGGACGCAGUCGGAGCGGGCCUUGACAACGGCGCCGCGGCGGCUGUCCUAGGCCGAGGAAACCCCCUACUUGUGCAACAGUCACCGUUGACAGGGGUUCGGCCAAAUGCAAUGAGUUCCGAGAACUUGAAUAGCUUUCCCGGGUUCUCGGAUGGUUGGAUAAAUCAAAGUCACUUCCACGAUAUGCACGGCUACCAUCCAAGCUUCAACUUGAUAACGCCCGAGGUAACAAAUGAGUUCAAUCUCCUGAGCGACUUCCUAAACGGAAGUCUACUAGAAGAUGGCUCCCUGCUGCAGGACGAACAGACUCUGCCUGGCACGGCUCAAGCCGAUACAAUUGUUUCUUCCUUCCUGAACAGCAAUGGCGGGAAUUCCGAAACUAUUAAUGGCACAGAAAACAGUAUGCUUCCUCCAAGUGCAAUACCCCAUCAAAAAGAAUCCCUGUCGACACCACAGGGUGAGCUGGGCAAGUCAAUAGCCCGACCUCCGAGCACUGUCGCCGUAGACAAGGCGCGUGAAUAUUAUCUUCAAGCUGCAGAUCCUUCCGGUAACGACACGGCAGAGGAGCGCAUGCAGAGAUUGCUCAAGGCCAAAUAUGAUGCGGGACUCCUCAAACCUUUUAACUAUAUCAAGGGAUAUUCGCGUCUUUCAAAUUAUCUCGACAGUCAUAUCGCAGCAACAUCCAAGCAAAAGAUUCUACGACAACUUGACCGGUUCCGGCCAAAGUUCCGUGAAAAGAUUCACGCUUUAACAGACAUCGAGCUUGUAUUUGUCGAGAUGUGGUUUGAAAAGACCCUUAUGGACUACGACCGAGUGUUUGCAAGCAUGGCAAUACCAGCUUGUUGCUGGCGAAGGACAGGUGAAAUUUUUCGAGGGAAUAAAGAAAUGGCGGAGCUCAUCAAUGUCCCAGUGGAUGACUUGCGAGAUGGGAAAAUUGCUCUUCAUGAAAUAUUAACAGAAGAGUCAGUAGUCAGGUACUGGGAGGAGUUUGGCACCAUCGCCUUCGACCCCGCGCACGACACUCUCCUGACCGCCUGUACGCUCAAAAAUCCCGACGACAAGUCGGAAUUGCCUGCGAUAAAGUGUUGCUUUUCUCUGAAGAUUCGAAGAGAUGACCACAAAAUUCCAAGUUUGAUCGUUGGAAAUUUCCUGCCACAUGAUCCUCCAGCCGCGGAAUAGUAUUUGGAGGUUGAGUUAGUCUCGACGAGCCGCACCGCAAGACUCGCUUAUAAACAUAGUACAUACGCAAGCUACAAACAAGGGUGGCCUGAGAGGCAGCAUACAGAUAUGUUAUUGCCUUAUGUAUUGAGGCAAUUGGGAAUAAGCUUCUUGGCAGAUGUAUUACGUUGUUCAGCAAACAGGGAAUGUUCCAAUAUAGAUGAGAACAAUGAUAAUGAUCCCCACGGAUAGGCACGCAAGUCAGGAGACUGAAUCGCAGCCUACCUACCAAUGGGAACAAAGUCGCCACGUUACGGCUUACUUUAGAAUUAAGAACCUCAGAGUUAGUCUGUUUG